AUAAUUUUAAACGUAUCUAGCCAUUGUUGAACGCUGUUUCAUCGAUGAGAUAAGCUUAUCACUCGAUUGAACCAUUAUAAGACUUUAAAUGUCAAUGCAUGGAUUUGUACAGAAUCAUCACACGUAAACUGACCAGGACAACGGAGGUAAGCCGUAAUGUUGUCGCUACGACCAAUUACUGCUGAUUUGGCGGAUGUAGCGAAGAACGAACUAAGCGAGGAUCCAAGUCAGUUGGAAAGUCAUUUGAGUGUGAUUCGUAAUUGGUUGAAAGAAUGUAAACACUUGCAUGGUUUUCUCGAUGAUCAGAUUCUAUUGUCAUUUCUAAGAGGGUGUAAAUUCAGUUUGGAAAAAGUGAAGGAAAAGUUGGCUUUGUUUUACUGGAUCAGAACAACUCUGCCUGAAGUGGUUCAAAAUCGGGAUCCGAACGAUGACCGUGUAUUGGAGGUGAUACGUUUAGGUGUGGGAAUCCCACUUCCCAAUACAGUGAACUCAACAGAUCCGAAGAUAUUUGUGAUUCGAGUGGCACAGUUUGAUCUGACAAAGAUCGUCUUUGCUGACGUGAUAAAAGGAGGAACGCUUAUCAACGAUGUACUGAUGAGGGAUGACGACCAGAUGGUCAUUUGUGGAAUGAAUUUGGUCAUCGAUCUGGCCGGCGUGACUGCUAAUCAUCUGUUUCAGUUCGAUUUUGAAUUUUUGAAGCAAGUAGCUAUUCUGUACCAGGAUGCUAGUCCUCUACGUAUGAAAGGAAUUCACAUCAUGAACCCUCCACCUGGAAUGCGAACUGUGGUAAACAUGUUCAACAGUCUGCUCUCCGCAAAAAACAAAAGUAAAAGGAUAUUUGUACAUGGCAAUAGCUUGGAUUCUCUACAUAACCACUUUCCUAAGGAUGUUUUGCCAGAAGAAUACGGUGGAACAUUGGGUCCGAUACAAACAUUCGUGGACGAAUGGGAGUUGAAACUCAAAGCUAAUCGAGAUUACCUACUCAAAUUGUCUGACUUACGAGAUAUCAAUGCGCAUCAAGAUCUAAAAUCAUCAGCUCCACAAGCACGCACCGUGCUAUCACCAACAAACAAUCUUACAUUCUUCGGACUGGACGGCUCCUUUAGAAAGCUUGAGUUGGAUUGAAUAAAACAUAGGAAAUCAUACUA